AUGUCUGUGCCUAAGAGCUACCAGGCCUUUCGACGUUCCCCAGGAAAGGAGGCUGGAACCAUCCGCGCAACAGUCGAACAGGUUCCGCCACUCCAUUCACAGGAAGUUCUCAUGCGAGUGCAUGCUGUGUCCUUGAACUACAGAGAUGUAGGGAUGCUUCAUGGCAAGUACCCAGUGUCCGUGAAGGAGGAAGGCAUUCCCGCGUCUGACUGCGCUGGAGAGGUGGUGGCAAUUGGGUCUGCGGUCACAAAGGUCUCUGUUGGAGACCGUGUGUCCCCGAUCUUCGACUUGAAGUUUAUCGAUGAGCCAGAUCCCGAGGAUGCGGUUGCCCAGCUUGGCGGUAAUGUCGACGGCGUGCUACGACAGUAUGCAGUGUUCGACGAGAAAGUGCUCGUUCGCAUCCCACAGCAUCUUUCCUGGGAAGAGGCGGCGUGUAUAACUUGCGCUGGGACCACGGCUUGGAAUGCUUUGGGCACAGGGGGUGUGAGCAUGUUUGCACUAUUGAUCUGCUUGGGUGCUGGUAUCCAUCCAAUUAUCACCUCCUCCUCGGACAAAAAGCUUCAGACUGCAGCAGCCCUGGGCAAGGAAGGGACUGUUGACGUUAUCAACUAUAACACCACGCCUGACUGGGAAAAGGAAGUCCUGCGCUUGACCAAAGGGCAAGGCGUCGAUAUUGUGCUCGAAACUGUAGGAGGUAGCAGCAUCGAGAAAAGUGUUAAAUCCGUGGCUACCCGUGGUCUUAUAUCUUGGAUCGGGUUUCUAGGUGGACUGGAGCUAGAUAAGUUUGUUGAUGCGCUGGGAAGUCUAUUCUUGAAAGUGGGAACACUCAAGGCAAUUCAAGUCGGCUCAAAAGCUGACCAAGAGGGCCUCUGUCGGUUUCUUGAAGAAAAGCAGAUCUCACUGAAGCAAAUCAUUGGCAAAACAUUUGAAUUCAAGGAUGCUCCUGCAGCUUUCGAUUAUGUCUACUCGGGCCAGCAAACAGGGAAGGUUGUUAUAAGAAUUUGA